CAUUCCGCCAAUCGCUCUACUCUGCUGUCCACGCGUUGGAAUACCGUACCUUGACCUUUCUAUAGGCGCAAUGUAUGGGUGAAUCUGGGUAAAAUCUCAAAACCACAAUCUAAAUCGAAGCUUUUGCGCCAAUACUUGAUUUGAUGCGUUGGGAAUAAUGAAAGGACUGCACUCGGCUCUAAGCCAAGAUUUAUCGUGGUCUUAUCCAGAGAUCCUACUGGAAGCCCUCAUAGUCACCUGGUGGAGCGCUCAGAUUUCCAUCAAACUUGGAGAACGCUUUUUUCCCGCAUGGUGGUCCACUCGCACGGAUCCGCUUUUUUACCGUGUUGGUUUGGUAGAUAUCGACGGAAUCCUUGGCUAUAAAAAUAGAGGAUGCUAUUGGGAUAAAGUGACAUCCUUCUGGUCAUCGCAUAACGGAACCGACUGUCGAAACAACUCUUUGCCAUUGCUGGACCGCAUGCCCAGUGCUCAAACCCUGCAAGUUGGUUUCGCCGGAGCGUGUUGUGUGCUGACGGCGACUGCGGUGUUAUUAGUAUCCCUUCUUUGCUCGAUAAUCGUGAAUCGCGAAUGGAAAUUGCCAGACUUCACCGCGCACGUUCCUCUGCUGCAUAAAGCCCGUGGCUGGUUCCAUCAGGAUCCUGGGACAGCGCCAACUGAUAACGACGCUGAGGCGCCGGGUUCUACUAGUUUGGAAGACAACCUGGAAUCCACUAGUGCCGAAAGAAUCUCGACCACAACAAACUACUGCGCUGGCGCUUUGCGCUCGCUUCGCCAUGUCAUCGCGGGACUGUUGUUCAUCUCUCUGUUCAUACUGUGGUUGUUGGUAUCCAUGUUGCCGCUUAUUCUCGGCGUGGUGGUCGUGCGAACAGUCAUCUCUAAAUACGGCGUACAAGCGGUGUUUCCAUGUUAUGUCGUCUUCAUUGUUUUGUUCGCUAUUUACUCUAGCGGAAGGUUGUGGGGGCUGUGGAUGACGACCGGCUAUCGUGCAUGGGUCUCGGAAAAGUUGCGUGGCUGUGGCACCGAAUUGGUCACCGACAUGCCGGAGCAUACCGCGGAAAUACUCCUGCCGUUUGAUAGAACAAGUGGGGACGCGGAUGACAGCAGUGGCACUUGCGAACAAGCAGUCCUAAUGCGCAGAGGAAAUAUCCUGCGCAACCGGUUAAUAAGGAGGAAUUUUGCGCUGUAUCUGGGCUGUGCCGGCAUGUGGCUCAGCAUUCACCCUAUGUACUCUGUUGUGUUUCCCGAUGACCCACUGACCCUGGACAAUAUCGAUAAGUUUGUGGAAGAGUGGCUGACGGGCAAGCGCUCUUCCUCUUGGAAGGGACUGAACGAUAUUACGGCAAAACUCUCGUACUGGAUCGAUAUCGGUCCUCUCUGGCAGUGGAGCACCGAAAGCGACAUAUUGUUCAAUGUCACUUCAGUGUCGCCCGCAACGCGUGGUGCACUGGCCGCUUGGACCGCCGGGCUGAAUUUUCUCGGCAUUUUCCCCUUUGCCGUCUGGAUGAUCCUGAUGCACUGCUUCAUCUUUUACGUGCUUUUUUACAUGGUUUUUGAUUGCUGCUAUAAUGCGAUCAGCAAGAAAGAAGGAAUUGCUUACGAGGAGGAGCCUAAUGCUGCCAGAACCAGGUCAAGGGCGAAGAAGUGCUGGUGUCGUGCGUGGGUAAAUGUUGCAACGUCGUUCAUUGCGGCGGAGGAGUACAUGCUCAUGUUCGACAUCCUUCCCCCGAUUUUGGUGAAGUUCUGCCUGCCCGAACGAUUCCAAUUUCCCGCCCUUCUCGGUGUGAUGACCGUGGCGGUUGUUUGGCUGUACGGGGGAUUCAUUCAAGCCCUGAUACAACGAUGGCGCUUCACACGGCAGAUGCGUGCUAAUGAUACUCUGCGCAAAAGCUUGGCGGCACUGUACAAAGACGAUGUGGAAACGUCCCUUCUGGCCGAAGAUGCCGUAUUGCUCUCACGCGUUCGAGGAAUACCGGUUCCUUAAAGAAACUUUCGGAUUGUCAUAUAAUCAUCGUAGCCGUAGCUGAGAUAGUAUCAAAAUGGUGAAGUCUACAUAAUAUUUAUUCUGCGAGUGCUGCUUAAGUUAAGUGUUUUCUUGACAUACUAUG